AUGGGUUGCACUCUGUUUGCUAACAAGAGUGCAACCAAUGUCCAUGUUGUCUACUUGGAGGCCCUUCGUGACCUCAGUGUGACAGAGAGGUACGCUUGGGGAGUGGCUACUUUGGUUCAUAUGUACGACCAACUGAACGAUGCAUCUAUGAGCCACAGUCGACAGUUUGUCGGUUACAUCACACUGCUGCAGUGGCUGAUUUACGAGCACUUUCCCUCGGUCGCGAAGUCCAUCGCUGAUCAGGACUACGACGAGGCUUCUCCACGUGCGUGCAGGUGGAUUGCGACAAAGAAGACCGUGAAGAGCAUUUGCACGCCGUAG